AUGGUUGAGCCAGCUUCGAUUCCUAAGAACUAUUUGUGUCCAAUAACUCAAGAAAUCAUGGAAGACCCUGUUGUUGCUGCUGAUGGGCGCACGUAUGAGCGAGCAGCCAUAAUGCAUUGAUUUGAGCGCAACGAUAUUUCUCCAGUGACUGGGAAAAAUUUGAAACAUAAAAAUCUAGUCGAAAAUUGCCGCCUUGCCUCUAAAAUCUCUAAAUUUAAUGAAAAAAAUCCAUCUCCAGACUCUUUAGAAGAUAAAACAGUAUCUAGUGUAGAAAAAUGCCUCGAAAAUAAACGAGCCUACAUCCUUAAUCUGCGGACUACUAUAAUUUAUCUAACUGAUAUCCAAGAAGAUCUCAGUAGACACUUGCUUAACUGCAAAAUUUCCAAUACAGCCGGAAACAGUGCAAGUAUUGCAGGGACUGGUAUGCUUUUUACCCCUUUAGCUCUCGUAGGAGUCGUAACUAUUGUUGCGGGCAGUUUAACUUCUAUCGGAACAACAGUAACCCAAUAUUUCAUAGAGAAAAGCCAACUGAAAAGAAUGAAAAAAGUUUUAUUAGAAGAAGAAAAAGCUGCUGUCCGCUAUGAAGUUUCUGAAAUGAAAUCCCAAUAUUUAAUUGGUCUGCUAAGUUUUGGAUUAAAAAGUUACCAAAUUGGCUCAAGAAUAUGGAAAAUCAUGAAGCACACUCAGCUUUUUAAAGCCUUAAAAGCUGUAGAUGUGACUAUUUUUUCUGCUAAAAGCGUAUUAGGCAUUGGAGGCUGGUCAUCAGCAGUAGCAGCUUGCAAAGCAACGAAGUUUUUAAAAGUUUCAGCCUUAGGGGCUGGGCUCUCUGCAUUAGAUAUUGUAUUCACAUGGGCUGUAAAAAAUCCAACAUUGGAAGAAUUUAAAAUACAAAUUGAUAAUAAAGAGAAUCUCAUUGAAAAGGAGAUAAAAGAACUUGAAGAAUUGGAGAAUGCGUUGGCAUAA